AUGUCCAUUGUUAGUUCAGCGGACGAAUUUUCCAAAUCAUUGGAAGCAAUACCUCGCCAACGCAGCUUUGCCUGCCUCUCAUUGAAGUUUGGGAGUUUAUUCUCUGGUUUAGCUAUAAUUUUAUAUUCAAUACUCGCACUCGCUCAAUGCAUCGUUGCGUUCAGCCAUUUGCCAAAAGAAUUCACUACAGAUGACUUCAACAUUAUCUUUACGUACGCUGUGUUAGUUGGAGUUACCUUUACACAUGCCUUGACUCUGUUCCUGAGUGCCAUAUUACUCGUUGGAGUUAUCAGGGAGAAACUGCCAUUAAUGAAACCAUGGAUCGUGUGGACGUCCAUACAAGUGGUUAUGUCAGUCAUUAUGUUUGUUUUAUGGACUACCUUUAGUCUUGUAAAUCACCAAGGAAGUGGAUCAUUACUACUCUAUGUCAUAGAGUUCUUAGCUUUAAUGGUUCGUUUCUACAUGCUGAUGAUUGUGGCCAGUUUCUACAAGCAAGUAGAGGAAACUGGAGGAGAGACAGAAAGACUAAAGAAUAUUAACAUAGAUAGUUGGUAUACUGCUUGA